AUGAAUUUAGAUUGGAAAGAAAAUUUUGAAGAAAUUGAAAUUACUAUAAGAAAAAAAAAAAAUAAUGAAAAAGAACUUGUAAAUUUUUUUCAUAAUGAUUUUUUUCUUGAAAAUUAUUAUCCUUCAAAAUUAGACAAUGUUAAAGAUGUUUUAAUAACAGAAGUAUAUAUUAGAGUAGUUGAUAAAAAUAAUAUUCUAAGCAUAGAUCUUUAUGAUAAAAUAAGCAUUAAUAAAGAUGACAUAAGAAUUAAAAAAAAUGAAGAUUUUUUAAUUUUAAAAUUAAAAAAAAAAGAAAAAAAGUUAUGGGGGUAUUUGCAUUUUUUUUCUUUGUUCAUUCGUUAUAAAAAUAAAUUUUAUCCAAAUUUAUUGAAAUGUACAAAGGAAGAAAAAGAUAAAAUAUUUUUUAUGGAAAAGAGGUUUAAAUCUUUGAUAAAUGUGAGGAGAAUGAAGAGUUUAGAGCAUUUGAAAAAAAUUCUAAAAAAAGAAAAAACUCAUAAUGAGGAAUUUUGUAGAAAGUUAGAAGAUAAUGCACAAAAAAUGCAAAUGGAAUCAGAAGAAUUAAAAAAUAAACAAUUGAAAAUACUAAAAGAGGAUGCUAAAAAAAAAGCUAUUAAUUCUAUAUAUGAAGAGUACCAAAAUUAUGAUAUUAAUGAAGUUGAUCAGAGCAUUGAUACUAAUGGCGUUUGUAAUAACAAUCAAGUUCACGAAAUGAAUAAAGAUAAAAAUGAUAUAGAUAAUAAGGGUAUUUUAAUCGAAUAUAAUAAUAAAAAAAAAAAAAAAAAUAUGUUAUUAUGUAAGGAAAAUAUUAAAAAUAGAGUUAUAGAGUUAAAGUUUACUGAAUUAAAGAGAAAUGAAAUUCCAGCUAGAGAAACUAGAAAUUUAAAAAAAACAUUAUCAAAUUAUUCAUCAACAAAAAAUUUUUUUUUAAUAAUAUUAAUAGAAAAAGCCAAAAAGUUUUUUAAAAAUUCGGAUUUCUCGAGUUGUUUAGAAACAUUAAAUUCAAUAACAUCUUUUGUUUCAACAGGCAACGAGCUUAAUAGAGAAGAACUAAUAAAAGUUUUAAAUAAUUUAUCUUUAUUAUAUUUAUUGACAAAUAAUUUAGAUAAAUGUGUAGAAGAAUGUGAUAAAUGCUUAAAUAUAAUAAAUGAAGAAAUAAAAAAUUACAAUGUUGAAGAAACCGACAUAGAAAAUACUUCUAAUGACAAUAAAUUUUUGAAAACUUUAAAUUCAUUAGAAGAAAUAAAAACAAAAAAUUAUAUUCAAUAUCUGUAUAUAAUCUAUGCAAUUGUUACUGUAAGAAAAAUGUAUGCUAUUACAAAAAAAAAUGAUUUAAAGAAUAUUGAAGAUAAUUUUUUGUGUAUAAAAAAUGUGCAAAAAUUUUUACCUAGAUGUUUUUAUGAAAGCAUUAAAAAAGAUAUGGAUAACUUAAAAGUUUUCAAUAUAUUAGUACCAAUUUUAGAAUACCAUCAUUCGAGUAGUAAAGAAAUAAAAGAAGAUUUAUAUAAAUUAAAUAAUCAGAACUCAAACAUAAAGUAUGAUUUUUUUUUAAAUUUUUAUUUUGUUCUCAAAAGGUCCUUUUACUUAAAAAAUUUGAAUUUCUUUUAUAAAAAUAUUAUAAAUAUUUUAUUAUGCUUUUUUCAUAUUAUAGAUAAACAAAACAAAAUAUACAGUUUUUUAAAUAAUAUAGAACAAUUUAGUUUAACAAAAUUUUUGUUGAAUAUAUACGAAUUUAUUUUGCUAUUAAAAAAUAAUAGUAGUUUUAUAGAAAAGGUAAUAGAAAUAGAAAAAUUAAAUGAUAUACUUGAAAAUUCAUUCAUUCAAGAAGAAAUAAUAAAUGUUUUAAAUAGCAACUUAAGACAAGAUGAUGAUAAUGAAUUAGAAUUUCUUCUAAAGAAUAAUUGCGCUUUAAAAAAAAUAAUUUAUUUACUUCGCCAUUCUAAUAAUGAUGAAGAUAGGUAUGAACUAGAAAAAGAAAAGGAAGAAAAAAAAAAAAAUGAAAAAAAAAAUAUAAGUGAAAUUAAUUUAUCUUUUUCAGAUAUAUUUUAUGAUACUUUAUAUAAGUUAAAAAAAAAUAAUAAAAUAGUGAGGGAUAUUAGUUCUAAUUUUUCGAAAAAUGAACUAAGGAUAGAAUUAUUUACAAAUAAAGAUUAUUAUAAAAGUAUGAAGGAUAGCUCUGAGUUAUUAAAAAUAGAAUUAUCUUUGAAAAUAAUAAAAUUUAUGUGUUACUCUUUUAAUUUAAUUCAAAAAAUAUAUAAAGACAAUAUGAAAGAAAAAAAAUUCAUUAGAGAUGCAAUAUUUAAUUUAUUAAUAGAUCUUUCUUAUUGUAUUAGUAAUUUGAACAGUUCUUACUUAAAAAUUGAGAAUAUAGUCAGUGUCAUUUUUUUAUAUUUUUGCUUUUACUUUAUUUAUAAUUUUAAAAAUAAUGAAUUUUUUAUUGAUACACAAUUAAAAUCAGAUUCAAAGAUACAUUUUCAUAUGCUAGCUUUAAACGAUAUUGAAACAAAUAAAAAGAUAACUAAAGAUACUAUAAAAAACAUGAUCACAAAAACAUUUUUAAAUAAUUUUUAUGCAGAAUAUAAAAAUUAUAUAGACUUCAAAAAAAAUAAGGAAGAAUACACGAAAAAUAGUGAGUAUAAUGUAAUGCUAAAUAAAACUUGUUAUUUAAUAAAAAAAUUAAAAAAUAAUAAUAAGAAUCUAGAAAUUUUAUUAAUUAAUAAUAAAUAUGUGGAAGAAAUAUUUAAUUUCCUAAUUUGUCUAAAUAAACAAAAUUAUUAUUUAAAAUCAAUUCAAUAUAGUGUUUUAUUAUUAAGUCAUGAUAUAAAAUAUCCAAACAUAUCUAUGUUUAAUUUAAAUUAUAUAUAUCUAAUAAAAACAAUUUUUAAUAUGUCCUUUUUUGUUAAAAAUAAAAUGUAUAAAGACCAAACUAUUAAAAAAAAUAUAACUAUCUUAAAUCAAGAAAAGUUAAAAAAAAUUUUAUCACAUUUUACUGAUUCUUCUUCUAUCAAAUUUAAAAAUACAAAACGAGUUAUAUUUACAAAAUCACUGGAGAAUGAAAAUGUAGAAAAUAAUUUAGUAAAUUAUUUGGAAACUAUUAUAAAAAAAUUCAAAAAAAUAAAAAUAUUCAGAAAUAUAAAUUUUUGCCUAAAAAAGCUUGAUGCAAGCAAAAAUAUUAUAACAAAUAUUCAAAAUAUUGUUAUGAAAUAUAUGGAUAACCUUUUAAUUGAUUUUCAUAUUUUAAAUUGCAUUCUUCAAUUUAAUAAAAUGGAUUUAUCAUCUUAUUUUUUUAUCAAUAAAAAUAUAAUAGUAGAAUUUAAUGAUUUAAAUAGUAAAGUUAUCUCAUUAAAUUGCCAAAAGGUUUUUAACAAGCUUGAGUAUAAGAAUAUUGUAAAAUAUUACUUCAAAAAAUUUUUAAAAACAAAAAUUAUAAUUCUAAAUAAUAUAUAUUAUCUAUGA